AUGGCCAGAAAUAAGCAGACCACCCGCAAGAGCACCCGUGGGCUGCCGCAUUCGAUCCAUCAUCCGCAGGAAGUGUCUCACCAGGAGGGGUCCGAGCAGACGGAGCCCAAGUAUGUGAUACUCGAGGAUGAUGAUGACUACUACUACGAUCAUCCUGACGGAGGCUGGGUGGAUACUAACACUGAGGAAGAGCCCAUGGAGUUGCCGGAGGACCACCUUGGGGUCUCAAGUGGCAGCAAUGAGGAUCCUGCACGAGGAGACGGUGCCGAUCCAGGUGCCGCAGGCGGAGAUGAGGAUGAUGACGGUGACGACGACUCAGGUGCACCCGAUGGUAGUGACGAUGACCUAGAUGAUGAUCCAAAUCCAGCUGUCGCCGCAAGCCCACGGCCACCAGAGCCCGACUAUGAGAAGCAGAUACAGCACUUGGACUUUGCUGAAGGUCCAUUGCCCGCGCUUCUCUAG